CAGACCCUGGAAGACAGCAGACUGAGACCUCAGGAGAGCCCUAGUGCGCAGGGCAGAUGGACGCCAAGCCCCCCACUACUUCCAGGCAGGCCCCAGCCCUCGACUCGGAGCGCUACUCCCUCCUCUGCCUACCACUGAGUUUGCUGGAUGAUCAAGGGGGUUCCAGGGCAGCCCAAGAAAAAGCCUCCACAACAAGCAGCACUUCCUUGCCUGUCCAGACCGGGAAAUAACAGAAUUGCCACGGGGACUGGCAGCUGACUCACCUGGACACGCCAAGACUAGCCAGUCUGACCACCACCACCCCCCCCGCCCCGUGGUGAACAUGAAGGCUGCCUGGGAAGCCUAGGUACUUGCUGUGUGCCCUAAGGCCCUGAGUCUGGCACCCUGGCCAUGUGCAGCCCUGAGGAGGCAGCCCUGCUGCGGCUGGAGGAGGUCUUCUCAGCCACACUCGCACGCGUCAACAGCUUUGUCCUCCAGCCCCUUCUGGAGGCCGCUCCAGAGCCCUCAGAUCCCUGGGGCAGAGAGUGCCUACAUCUCCUGCAGCAGCUGCACAGGAGCUCCCAGCAGCUGUGGGAGGUGACGGAGGAAAGCCUGCACUCCCUGCAGGAGAGGCUGCGCCACCCGGACUCCAUCAGUCUGGAAUCCCUGCUGCUGCUGCACAGCGCUGACCGUGUCUUGCAAGUCCACCUGGAGUACAUCGAGUCCUACACAAGCUGUGUGGCAGUGCAGGCCUUUCAGAAGGCAGUAAAGUGGAGGAGCAAGUACUGGCAGGGCCAGCGGAAGGUGCUGCAGCAGCUCCUGUCGGGCGUGAGCUCAGAGGGCUCGGUGGGCACGGCGCUGGUCCAGGCUCUCCGCCAGCCACUCACCCAUCAUGUGCAUCAGUACGUGCUCCUCCUGCUGAGCCUCGGGGACACUGUCGGGGAGCGUCACCCCACCCAGGAGCUGUUGGUGCACACAGCCACAGUCUUUGGGAACUUGCAGUCCUUCAUGAGGCAGGAGCUGGACCAGGCCAUGGCCACGCAGGCCCUCUGGCACACUCUGAGCAACCGGCUGCGGGAUGUGCUCUGUACCCCUGCUCACCGACUCUUGCAAGACAGCCAGGACAUACCUGUGACGGUCACCCCGCUGAGGGCAGAGCGUGUGCUGCUCUUUGAUGAUGCCCUUGUCCUGCUACAGGGCCACAGUGUCCACACCUUUGAUCUGAAGCUGGUGUGGGUGGAACCUGGGCAGGACAGGUGCAUGUUUCACAUCCUCACGCCUGAGGAAGAGUUCUCCUUGUGCUCCAAGGACCCGCAGGGCCGGGUGGCCUGGCAGUGGAAGGUUACCCAGGCUGUGUGCCAGACCUUGCGUGGGAAGAAGGACUUCCCGGUGCUGGGGGCGGGCCUGGAGCCUUCUGAACCCCCCACCUGCCGCUGUGGAGCAUACACUUUCCGUGCAGAGGGCCGCUUCAGCCAGGCCACCUAUGAGGGCGAGUGGUACUGGGGCAGGCCCCAUGGCAAAGGAACCCUGAAGUGGCCAGACGGGCAGAAUCAUGUGGGGGAUUUCUGCCAGGGCCUGGAGCACGGCUUUGGCAUCCGCCUGGUGCCCCAGGCCUCCGAGGAUAAGUUUGACUGUUACAAGUGCCACUGGCGGGAAGGCAGCAUGUGCGGCUAUGGCAUCUGUGAGUACAGCACCAACGAGGUGUACAAGGGCUACUUUCAGGAAGGCCUGCGGCAUGGAUUUGGGGUCCUUGAGAGCACCCCGCAGACCCCUCAGCCCUGCAGGUACACGGGCCACUGGGAGAGGGGCCAGAGGAGUGGCUAUGGCAUCGAGGAGGACGGCGACAGGGGUGAGCGCUAUAUUGGCAUGUGGCAGGCUGACCAGCGCCAUGGCCCAGGGGUCAUGGUCACCCAGGCAGGUUUCUGCUACCAGGGGACCUUCCAGGCAGACAAGAUGGUGGGCCCAGGAAUCCUUCUCUCUGAAGAUGACUCCUUGUAUGAGGGCACCUUCACCAGGGACCUGACCUUCGUGGGGAAGGGCAAGGUCACCUUCCCUAAUGGCUUCACCCUGGAGGGCUCUUUUGGCAGUGGGGCAGGGAGAGGACUGCAUACCCAGGGUGUGCUGGACACAGCUGCCCUCCCUCCAGAUCCAGGCAGUACCCGCAAGAGGCAGCUGGGCCUGGGCGUCUUCCCUGUGGAGAGCCGCUGGCAGGGCGUCUAUGGCCCCUUCCAGGACUUUGUUCAAGCCGGCUGCCCUGGAGACCUGCAGGAGGCCCUGCUGGGCUUCCACGUGCAGAGCUCAAGGGAGCUGCGCAAGUCCCAGGAGUACCUGUGCUGCAAGAGGACCCACCCCGAGGACCACGCAGCCAGAAUGGAGGACAUCCUGGAGGAGCUGCUGCAGCAUCGGACACCCGAGGCCCUGCAGCAGUGCCUCAGGAAGGCCCUGAACAACUCUCUGCAUCCCCUGGGAAAGCUGCUCCGGACUCUGAUGCUGACCUUCCAGGCCACAUACUCAGGCAUUGGGGCCAACAAGCACCUUCAGGGGCUGGCACAGGAGGAGGUGAAGCAGCACGCCCAGGAACUCUGGGCCGCCUACAGGGGUCUGCUGCAGGUUGCCUUACAGUGCAAGGGCCAGGCCCCAGAGAAAGAUGAAGAUGCAGAGACAAGGGACCUGCAGGUGCACAGAUUGGUGCUACCCCUUGUCCUGCCCAGCUUCUACUCGGAGCUCUUCACUCUCUACCUGCUUCUUCAUGAGAGGGAGGACAGCCUGUACAGCCAGGGCAUUGCCAACCUUAGCCUCUUCCCCGACACCAAGCUGCUUGAGUUCCUGGACAUACAGAAGCACCUCUGGCCCCUCAAGGACCUCACACUGACGACCAAUCAGCUUCCUGGAGACCAUUUACCCCACUUUACAAGAUACUCCCUGGUCAGAGACAAGUGCUUCCUGUCAGCCACAGAAUGUCUGCAGAAGAUGAUCACCACGGUGGACCCCUGGGAGAAGCUGGAGGUGCUGGAGAGGACAUAUGGGGAAAUUGAGGCCACUGUGUCGCGGGUGCUCGGCCAGGAGCACAAGCUGCCCAUGGACGACCUGCUGCCGCUGCUCAUCUACGUGGUGUCACGUGCCCAAAUCCAGCACCUGGGAGCCGAGAUCCACCUGAUCCGUGAUAUGAUGGCCCCUAUCCACACAGGAGGCCUGUAUGACUUCUUGCUCACGGCCCUGGAGUCCUGCUACGAGCACAUCCAGAAGGAGGACAUGAGGCUGCAUCGCUUGCCCAGCCGCUAGAACUUCAGGAAGCCGUGGUAGCUCAGCUUCUCCUGGACAAACUGCAGAGCUGAGAGGGGCCACCGUGGAAUUCCUGUGGAGUGAGCGUGGCCCACUCUGGCCCUUGUGGCCCACAGGACAGAAGGCAGGAUGAGCCCUGGAGGUGGCUCUUGGAGGAGAUGAGCGUAUAAUUUCUCGCAGGGAGAUGCUGCUGCUGCCCUGACUAGGAGGAGGGUGAGGGUGAUGGGUGUGGCCCCAGAGCUGGUGGUUUCCCCUGCCCCCUGCCACUCUCUAGGCCAGCCUCGGAUGACCUUCUUGGCCUGCAGCAGCUCAUGGACUGGGGGCAAGGAGCCCCUGGCCUCUCCUUGCCUCAUCCUUGCCUCCAAGUUAUUGAGCCUCUCUGGGCCUCAGUGUUGCCAUCUGUAAAAUGGUGGACUACAUGGUCUGUAAAGGGCCUUCCAUCCAUCUUGCUGACUUCUGGCGUCCUUCCAAGAGAUACCUGGAGCCAGGUAACCACCUGCCGCGUGGGUGCCUGGGGAGGCUGAUGGAGAUGGCCACCUGCGGGCAGGCGAGUCCCCGCUCCAGUGAUGGCCUCCCCCGGCUGCUGCAGGAGCCCCUUCGCUGCAGUGAGAGCACUGGUGUCCACUCUGUGAGUCUGGUUGGGAACCAGGAACUCUAGCGCCUCGGGUGAUCCAGCUGAUGUCAAAAGCAGCCUCUGCCCUCCGUCUUUCUGGUCCCCAUCUCUUCUCCAGGAUGAGGAUUCUGCUUUCAGCAGUGAUCGUGAGGAAGUGGUAAAAUUCUUCACAAUCUCAAUCAGGACUUCAUGAUCACCAGGGCCAGAGAGGAGAGAGGCCAAGGGAGAUGCUUUUCACUGACGGCAUUCUGACAGGCUACAAAGAGCCACACUGGCCCUGCCCUCAAGGGCCUGGACUUGGGGCUGAGAAAGACAGAGACACCUGAGAGUUAUUAAAUGGCCUCUCAGUGAGCAGAUGUGUCCGAGUCACACGCCGCCCCCCCCCCACUUUUCUCCCCCAGUGCAGCCCUGGUCCUGCAUGCAGUCUCUCAUGCAACCUCUCAACCCCUGCUUCCCCCUCACCCUUUACUUCGCUUCAACAGUCAAACCUAUCUGCUGCCACCUCUUGCUCUCCAGCCCCUGCCCCUCCUUUUUCUGUCCCCUAGAAAUGUCCUGUUCCAGUUCCACUGAGUCCCAGGCUGCUCCAUCCUCGCAGGCCCAGCUCUCAUGAAGCCCCGUCUCCCAGGGCAGGAGUCUCCCUGCUCCCCAGCCCUUCUCCGGGUCCCCUUCCCUGGCCUCAUCACGUUACUGGUGUGUGACUGGUGGGUGCCUGCGUCCCCCCAGUUCGCCAGGCACACGGCUCACUGCUUGCUAGGCCGAGAGAAGGGGGGAGCUGGAUCCGAGUUCUGACCAAGUCUCUGUUUAUUCAGACCACCCCUGAGGGUGCUGGGAGCUAGUGCACAGUCUGGGCAGCCCCUUGCCCACUGCGGCCCCAGAGAAGUCUGGAAGGAGUCGGGGUUAGGGGUGAGAGAGCAGUCGGAGCAAUGCUGUGUAACCCGAGCAGGGACCUGAGUGAGGGCCACAUGGCCUCAGCUGUCAGGGCUCCCAGAGGGAUGGCUGCUUACUGUGGGGUCAGCGAAUGGCAGGGACUGCCCUCCUGUGGGCACUAGGGAAGGGAUAAGUUCAGGGUUAGGGUCAAGGUCAGAGUCAGGGUCAGUGUCAGGUUAGGGUUAGGGGUUAGGAUUGAAGUGAGAGUGAGAGUCAAGGUCAGGUUCAGGUCAGCUCAGGGUCCUAGUGCAGGUCAGGGCUUUCCUGGUUGGCUUGGUGAAGAGUUGUGCAGAAGUGAGCUCUGGCUUUUAUCUCACUGUGAGCAAGAACCAGGGAUGGGGACCAGGCUGCCAAGGCCUUGAUCUGUCCAUGCCCUUGGCCAAGUCCUUCCCCUAACUGGGUCCUCUGGGCUGUGUGUAAGGAAGGUUGCUGCUAGACUCUAUUGUUCUGCCAUCCAGGAAGGAGGAGGAGACUUGGAGCGGAGGAACAUAUGUUCUGCUCCUGGAGAAACACAGGACUGAGCGGCUAGGUCAGGAUGGGGACUGAACCCAGACAGCCUCACUCCAGAGCCCAAGCUCCACCUGGGGGUGAGCUGGAGCCCAGGAGUCGGGGCCACCUCCCGUCUCCCCACGUGCACAGGAGGUGCCUCGAGAUGGGCAAGUCUCUCCCAAAGCCACCUCCACAUGUGCCCCUGGAUGAGGCCUGCCCCCUCAGAUCCAAGGAGGGCUGGCAAGAGAUCGGGAGAGGGGGAGGUGGUCCUGUCAGCAGGACCAGGUGGGGGGUGACAGAUUCAGCAAUCAGUUUAGUUUAGAGCACUAGCUGUGGUCUGGAGGAAGCACACAAGAGAAGUUUGGUUUUGCUCUUGUUCUGACAGUAGAGGGAGACCACAGGGCACCCGCAGUAAUAAGAUGACGCUAAGGGAGAUCAUAUCAGCAUCUAGAAAAUUAAUCUUAUUUUGUCAUUUUGGUGGAGGCCAUCCUGCCUCCUGAGUCAGUUGUCCUUAGUUCAGAGUGUCCCGAGAGUGGGUGUCCAGGACUUAAAUCGAAGACAGUGGUGAUGGUCUGGGACGAGGUUGCCAAAGCAUUCUGAGACGACAGGCUGGGCCAGGUGUCCUGCAGGUGAGAGCCAAGUCGCUAAUGCCCCCCUCCCCAACGUUUCUGACCUUCGGGAGUCUGAGGUGCUCCUUCCCCACCAGCGGAGCAGUUGUCCUUUCACGACCGCACGGUCAGUAUAUGUAUGACCUGUCCCUGCAGCACAGGGACUUUAUCCUUUUAGAAGUCUUCGCCAUUUCUUACUCUGGCUGGAUUCAUCCCUAGGAGAUUCCUAUGUGGCAUCCCAGAACGUGGUGGCCAUGCCGGCAGGAGUGCCUUAGGGGCUGUCACCUCAUACUCAUUGUCAGCAAUGUCCACAAGUGCCUGAUCCAGCACACAUAGGCAUGAGGUAAGGGAAGCCCGAGGCUUGUCAUCUCAGAAUGUUUUGGCAACCUCGUCCCAGACCAUCACUACUGCCUUCAGGAAACCAGGCUACGGGACCUGUGGGUGGCAGAGCAGAGCUGAAGGUGGACACAGGAGGGGAAAAGGGAAGUGGGCAAAGGCUCGUUACGUGAAAGGUCCCAUGAGUGCCAGAUAGUUGUCUGCUGUUGGCACUCGUGACCGUGAGGGUGGCAUCACUGUCUGACUGGAUGUGUGCAGGGAGUUCAAAUAUGUAGCAGCACAUUAAGGAGUUCUCAAAUGGCAUGGCCUGCAUUUGCUCUGCAAGUGGGAAUUGUUGUGUUGUACCCAGAAAGGGUAUCACUGUAGUCAGCACCCUGUGGUACCCCUGGGACAAGGGUAAAGGGUUUCUAGAGUCUACUUGCCAGGACUGGCCAGGUCUAGUGCACUGGACCGUGCACCCCAGAGUUCCCUUUGUCACUUGCUGGUGGAGCUGCCAGUCAGGCACAUUAGCCAGGCUUCCUUGGCCUCAGGUGCUGGCAUUGCCAGGCUUUGAUCUAUGGCUUGAUUGCCAUGCCCUUUGUGAUGAUGUAUCCAGGUGGCUGUGGUCUUUACCUGUGUGAUGCAGAAUUGGUCAGCAUGUCGGUUCCACUGAUGUUCAUUGCCAAAGCAUCCUUUUCCAUGGGUCAUGGACAGAGUGCAUGGGUCCUGUGCAGUCUGCUGCCACAGUGUUUGUCCCUAAGGGGCUGGGAUUCGAUCCAGGUUGUUUGGUUGUCAGGUGCUACACUGAUGUCCAUUGGGUACUGGCUGCAAGUUGGUGAAAAUGUAACAGGGUGUGUUCAGGGGAUGUCUUCCAGGACAAGCACCAGUCUGCAUCUCUGUCCACGGGCAGAGUUUUUUCUUUUCUACAUGCUUUGGCUUUUUCCUGUGGCUGCCCAGCCACAGUGGAGCGUUUAAUAUAACUGGUCUGACUGUGCAUCGGGCCUAGGCAUCCUCUGGGACCUUGGUGUACUGAAGACCCCACGUCUGAGGGUCACCCAUUCAUGCAGGUGAGA